CAAGCCAGCAGAGCACCGAUUCCUCUUUUGGAGGGCUGUUGCUUCUGUGCUUUUCUGUCUCCCUUGCUGAUCUGCCAUUUUGUACUUCGGGAGAAGGCCCCCUCACACUGCUCUUGAACCCACAACCUCCCUUUCUCUCUCCCUCCAAGAGCCUUUGAUGCUGAAAGAUCAGCCAGGGAUGAAAAUGGAGGAGCAAAAUGAAGGCGGCCCCAAAAGCAUGGAAGGAUUAGAGAGAGUGAGCAAAGUCCCACCAGUCAGCCAGAAAGGCUGUAUCAGAGAAUUCCUGCAGAGAAUGCCAGCACAACAAAUCAAAGAGGAAGCCGGUGAAGGUCUUCAGCGUUGGGAAGUCCAGUGGCAGGAGUUCCUGAAGACUGUGGAGUCCUCUCAUGUAGGCUGGGGGGUCCCACAGUUGCCGGAGGAACCCACGCCCUGGGACGACACCAAGGCCUUCCUGGCCUCCUUCGAGCAAGUGGCUGAAGCCUGCUGGUGGCCUAAGGAAGAGUGGGCAGCCCGUCUCUUGCCAGCCCUCAGUGGAGAAGCCAAACAGGCCUAUAAUAGGCUGGAUUCAAGAGACAGAGAAGAUUAUGGGAAAGUGAAGGCAGCCAUCUUGCGUGGGGAUGCCUUGAGCAGAGAGAAGAGCCGCCAGUGCUUUCGGCAUUUCUGCUACCAGGACGCCGAGGGACCGAGAGAGGCUCACAGCCGACUCCAGGAGCUCUGCCAUCGGUGGCUGAAGGUCGAGCGGCACUCGAAGGAGCAGAUCCUGGAGCUCCUGAUCCUGGAACAGUUCCUGACUGUUUUGCCCCCAGAAAUCCAGGCCUGGGUGAGGGAACGUGGGCCAGAGACCUGCUCCCAGGCAGUGGCCCUGGCUGAGGAUUUCUUGCAGAGGCAGCGAGAGGUCCAGAGGCAGCAACCACAGGUAACGAUGCCAUUUGAGGAGGUGGUUCCAAGCUUCUGUGAGCCAGCGCUGGUUCCAUCUGGCCCUGCCCACCAGCAGCUGCACAGGGAGACCAAGCAGGAACCUGAGAGUGGAGAUGCAAGCAUGCUGGGCACUAAAGGAUGGGUGAGCCUUGAUGUAGGGGAGAAGUAUGCAGCAGAAGAGUUGGAGCGAUUGCGACAGCACAGAAUGUCAGUGUGGAGAGGAGAGGAGAACGUCGCCCAGUUUUGUCUGCCAGAAAACACUCCGAGGACUAAGCAGGAAAGCCACUCUGUGCAGGAAGUUGACACGUCUGUUCCAUUUGAGGGAUCUUUCCAGGAUCUUAAGGAAGAUGCAUUCCAGCGAAGAGUCCACACCGAUGUGUGGCAAGCACGUGGGGAUAGUGGAAAAAUCGAUCAGCAAACCAUCUUGGAUCAAGUGGAAACUCACCGAGCAUCUCCAGAAGAAGCAAAAGAAAAUCUUUCCCGGGGCCCGGAACUGGGUGAAACUUCUGAGAUUCUUCAUGAGCCAAAGACACAACAAGAAAGGCAGCUAAGGAACCGUGUGGGUAAAUCUGUUUUUAGUGGGGUGCGCAAGGAAAUCCUUGAUGACACCUUGCCAGUGCCUAAAACCAAGACUUUCCCUGUGGUUGGAACUGCUUUAAAACAGAGUUCAGAUCUCCUUAAACAGAGUGAUGAGGAGACUCCAUACCAAUGUGCUGAGUGUGGCAAAUGUUUCGGGCGCAAGAGACACCUGUUCGUGCACCGAAAGACCCACAUGGGGAACACGCUCUAUGACUGCUCAGCAUGUGAGAAGAGGUUCGUUUGGAUAUCUGACCUUACCCGCCAUCAGAGGAUCCACACUGGAGAGAAGCCCUACGCAUGUGCGCUGUGCGGCAGGCGGUUCAGUUCCCACUCCAGCCUCAUUAAUCACAAGAAAACGCAUGGAGGAGAGAGACCGUUCCAGUGCCCAGACUGUGGGAAGAGGUUUGUUUUCAAGGCACACCUCACAAGGCACCAGAGAGUCCAUCUUGAUAGGAAAUCGUACACUUGUUCUGAAUGUGGCAAGAGCUUCUGUCAGAUCUCGCUUCUCAUCCUCCAUAAAAGCACACAUGCGGAAGAGAAACUUCUUUCGCAGCCUCUAGAAACAUUGGACUUUCAGCCCGAGUGUCUGUAAUGUGUUGAGAUGGUAUUGAUCGUAUUGUUCUCCUGUUCAUGGGUUGUACAUUUUGGUGCCACCUUUGACAUCUUCCUGUUCAGAGCAUUGUUCUUAUUCUACCUUGUCCUCAGAAUUGUUUGCAGUCCUACAUACCUUUGCGUCACCUGCCUUUGUCCAGUUCUUAAGAGGGAAGGAGUUGUGCAAAAUCUAAUUUGUUCCAAUUUCUUGGUGUUGCUUGCAGCUUUGAUAUCUUCUUUCCUUCAGGCUUGUCUUUUAAGGCUUGGAGUUACUGUGAAAUGUUGUCUGACUUUAAAGCUGUGUCCAUAACUGUUUGCAGUCUCUGACACUGUACACAUUUAGUCCAGUUAAAAAUUUAAACUUGAAAUGUAAAUGGUUAAGUUCUCUUUGGGAAAGGAAGCUGACCUUUUAAUUUUACACUUUGUAUAGCACUGUGAA